UCGCUCUGCUCCACUAAGCUCCUUACCCGUCCACAGGUACCGCCGACCAAACUCAGUCUCAUCGUUAGAUCUGUUUCGUUCAUCGCUUUCAUCGAUCGAUCAACCUUCCUCGAUUCAGUUGACUUCUUCCUUUUCUUCUUCUUCCCUACCGACUUCAGUUAAUCCCAUGCAUAUACAGAGGAGCUCAUUGCACAACAAUGGGAACGCCCUUCUUCCAUGAGUUCAAGAAGCAGGCUUCAUUCUUCCUCAGAGAAAAGAUCAAGCAUGCUCGCCUGGCUCUCACAGAUGUCACUCCUGUGGAGCUGCUGACUGAGGACGCCACCAGUGGGAAUCCAUGGGCGCCGGAUGCGAAGACGAUGAGCUUCAUAUCAAGAGCUGCUUUUGAGAUUGAUGAUUUCUGGAGAAUCGUUCAGAUUCUGCACAAAAGGCUCGCAAAGUUUGAUAGAAAGUACUGGAGAGAGCCCUACAACGCACUGGUGCUUCUUGAGCAUCUUCUAACUCAUGGGCCGGAGAGUGUUGCAGAUGAGUUCCUGUGUGAUAAAGAUGUCAUAAAUCAAUUGGGCAAUUUGCAGCAUAUCGAUGAGAGAGGGUUUAAUUGGGGGUUUGCUGUGAGGAAGAAAUCAGAGAGGGUGUUGAAGCUGCUUGAGAAGGGGCAGGUGCUGAAGGAAGAGAGAGAUCGAGCUCGAAAGGUUACAAGAGGGAUUCAAGGCUUUGGAAGCUUGAAUCAGAGAUGGUCCUCGCAGGCCGCCAUGGAUGGAGUUGAGCAAUCUUCUGAUUAUUUUGGGAGGUGGAAUUCACAUUAUGAAGGAUACAGCCAGCAGGAUGAUGAAGAUCAACAUAGUUCUAAUUCUGAUUCUGAAACUGCUGAUUUGAAGAUGAUGAUGAAGAAGAAGAAAGUUUUAGCAGGUGAAGGAUCCAUUAAUGGUGAAAUUGCUGCUAAAGGCAAUGAAACUGCAGGCGGAGAAAAGGCGAGUAUUCCUACCGAAGAAUCGAAGGUGAAGUUGGAGUUACAGAAUGAAGAGCAUCCAUUUGAUUUCCAUGAGCUUCAGAGAAAGGAAUCAAUGCUUCUUCUGAGGCAAUUUUGAGAAAAAAAAUGGCUUUUUUAUAUCCGAAACUUCUAAGGAGGUUGCUCCACUGACUCAGUGUGCAGCCAACUAAGACCACAAACCAAUGGAAAAUGGUCUGUUAGAGUUUUCUGUUGCAGAAUACGAAAAACUAUUGCGUGCGGACGGAAUAAGUGCAGAUUUACUGUCACAAUAUCACCACUAUACCACCAAUCAGCAUACGAGAAUUCUGCAUGUAAUAUUCACUGCAGAAUACACCUAAGCUUUUGUUCUUCUUUUCCUGUUUGUUUCUGGUUCUGCUUUAUAAUGUUGAUAGGAAGUGAAUUAUAACAAUGUUGCUGAUAAAUUUUAUAUAAAAGUUUGA